GCCAAGAGCAUCGAUGAGAGAAGCAGCUCACCACCGUUUUCAAAUUCAUUUUUAACUUGCGUGAGGACGGUCAUGAGUCUCGCGGUCGCUUGAGUUUGAAGUUUUCGAUUUUUUUUGCACAACUUCUUCGUUGCGGCGAAGCCAAACGGUAGCAAAGUGAGUUGUUAAUUAAAAUUCUCGCACGAGCAGUGUGAUUAAAGUGUGGUUUAGUUUUCAAACAGAAACAAAACUUGCUGUAAAAGUGACCCACAUACGGCGCAGUGUUGAUAUUUGUGUUAUGAAUGCAAUAAUACUAUACAACGGAAACGAUCGUCUUUUGCCAUUCACAAUCGAUCGCUGGCUGUGCUAUCGAAAUUAACGCCGUGGCGAGAGCGGCGGGUGUGAUUGUGCGGUUAGGCAACGGUAGCGCGUUGAAGGUCGUGCCAGUGGAAAAUCGUCUUGACAAAGUUAUCGUUUGAUGAGACGCCCGAUCAAAUGGUGCUAGUGGUCGUCCACGGCCAGUGUUCGCUUCCCGUGUGUUGUAAGGUGGUGCGUUGUUGCCACAGUUUCUGACGAUUGAUCGUGAUUAAGACCGGCGUGGCGUCAAAAAAAUAGAAACCCAAGUGCAUAACAGAAAAGCGAAACCCAACGUGCAUCAUGGUGCGCAGUUUGUCUCAGUGGACGAAAACGUUGAGUUUUCCGGCCCGCAUAUCGCCCAACCGGAACUCGAAGGAUUGCAACGUGAACGUGCUGCCGAUUACGCCUCCACCGGCCCCACCCCGUAACAAGUCAACCUCCACGUCCUCGUCCAGCACGAUGUCCUCGUCGACGUCGUCUCCAUCCUCGUCGUCGUCUUCACCGACGCCACCACCAAAUGUGCCGAUUACGGAAAUUAGUCAAAUUAUCUAUCCCGAUCCCGAGUCCGAGAAGGCCAUCAUGGGCUCAUUGGUAUUCUGCAUUCAUCACAAGCAAGGCUGCAAAUGGUCUGACGAGCUGAGGAAAUUGAAGGCACAUCUGAAUACCUGCAAGCACGACGCGAUCCAGUGCCCGAACAAGUGCGGUUCCCAGAUACCGCGCGUAAUGAUGACGGACCAUCUGGCAUUUACGUGCAUCCUGCGACGUGCCAUCUGCGAGUUCUGCAACGUGGAGUUUACCGGUAUCGGGUUGGAAGAGCACGCCGGCACCUGCAGCUCGGAGCCGAUCUACUGCGAGUCCAAGUGUGGUACGCGUGUCCUGCGCGGCCGCAUGUCCAUCCAUCGAGCCAAAGACUGUGCCAAACGACUACGCCGCUGUCCGCACUGUGGCCGUGAGUUUAGCGCCGACACGCUGGCCGCUCACGGAGCCACCUGUCCGCGCAGCCCCAUCCCGUGCCCGCAGCGAUGCGAUGCGGGACCAUUUGCCCGAGCCGAUCUGGAUGCGCAUCUGCGCGAUGAGUGCAAAGCGCUGACGGUGCCAUGUACUUUCAAGGAAGCCGGAUGUCGCUUCAAGGGUCCUCGGCAUCUGCUGGAAGCCCACCUGGAAGCGAACACGUCCGCGCAUCUGUCGCUGAUGGUGGCACUAUCCGGGCGGCAGGGACAGCAGAUCAACAUGCUGAAGAGCGCCAUGGCAAAGCUGAGCACCAACUACACCGGCACACUGCUGUGGAAGAUCACCGACUGGUCGGUGAAGAUGCAGGAGGCAAAGACGAAGGACGGGUUGGAGCUAGUGUCGCCCCCGUUUUACACCAGCCAGUACGGAUACAAGCUUCAGGCGUCGAUGUUUCUCAACGGAAAUGGACCCGGCGAGGGAACGCACGUGUCCGUGUACAUCAAGGUGCUGCCGGGAGAGUACGACGCGCUGCUCAAGUGGCCCUUCUCCCAUUCGGUUACCUUCACACUGUUCGAGCAGGGUACGCUCGGCAGUGGCGGCGGUGGCCAGGGAGGUGUCGCCGAAUCGUUUGUGCCAGACCCGACGUGGGAGAACUUCCAGCGGCCUUCCACCGAGCCGGAUGCGCUUGGCUUUGGCUUUCCACGGUUCGUGUCGCACGAGCUGCUCAACAGGCGUCCCUUCGUGCGGGAUGACACGGUGUUUCUGCGCGUGAAGGUCGAUCCCAGCAAGAUUGUGGCCGUUUGAACGUCAUCCGGGCGUGUUUUUGUAAAUAGAUUAAUGCGCGCACACUCACCCUGUACGGUGUGGGCCUGGCGAUGAACAUGGCAAGGCUCAUCAUCCAACGCAUCCAGCACCAAUGUACAUAGAGCGUCCCGUUCCCGAGACGAAAUAACCCUUACCCUGCCUUUUCCCGCCCUGCCCCACCCCGUCAGUCGUAGUCAGUUGUGUGGUCCAAUCGAGUAGUUCUCUCCCGGCGAGAGAAGCUCCUGCGAUGGCUGACACUCUGACUGAGGACUGCUACUCCCAGGACGUUGGUUCUCGUUCCGUUUCGCACCUCGGAAUGGAGCGGGAUACCACGCAAACGAAAACUGCGGCUUGCACCAAAAGUAGGAACCCGAACCGAACGAUCGACCUUUGCGGCUGGACCACCGGGUCCACCGAAGGAGAUCCGUUCGCUUGUAAGAGAAAGCGUGUACGAAACACACUACAACGAAAAUCAGCUUCGAAAUCUCAUAGUUGCUUUUAAGGACUGAGCAAAGCGUCUGAAAACGGCGUGAAACACAUAGGCUUAAGACUGGUAGUAUAUAGGCAACACAACUGGCAAUGAAGUGCAAAAAACGGGAAGAGGAAACUUUGUUCGAAAUAUCUUGUACAGAAAGCAGGACAAAAUUUCAGCCACCAUUCGACGCAUUUUUACAGAUCAAAACUGCCACUGCUUUGGCACGCCUUUCGUGGCCAGCAGAUAUGUGACAGUAGUUUGUAAGAUACUAGUUCCGUUUAACAAGCGUAGAGAGUAUGAUGAUACUUUAAAUGACCCCGGAAAACACAUCGAACCGUGCCGCUCUCUGUCUUCUUCUGAUUCAAUGCGAACAGCCAACAUAACUGAGCGCAAGCAUCGGGCAAUACAAUUAGCAUACAACGACCACCGUCAACAUAACUCUAACCAAUCGCGUAACAUUUUUCUUUCGAUUCGAGUCAUUAGGUUUUAAGGCAUAUCAUUAAGCAGACUGGUGGAACACUUAGGCCUUGUUCGAUCGCGAUCGUUGGGGAAAACCUUUAGUGAUAAGCAUUACAACUCUUUUGUUUCCAUUUCAUUCUUAUGUUUGUUAUAAUUUAACGCAUUUCAAACGCGGAGUUACCGUCUAGCCAUGCGGAGUCGCACCCCGUCUGCAGUGCUCCGGUGGACAGUUGGUACGUUCGAACGCCGCUCCAUUAGCUAGAAAACCAUUUCUAUCGUACAGUAAGACUCAUCGAAGACGCGUGCAUACCGUGCGUCAGAGGGGUAGCCGUAAGGAUAAGCAUUAGGGUACCGCUAUACCGCUUGUAACAUAUGUGCAAGCACGACUAGGUGCAUCGAGUAGUAUAUUCGUUAGUUUGCCACUGUAAAAUUUGAACCAUACAACCCACGAAAUACAACCGAGUGUGUACGAUUGACUGAAUUAAGCGAAAAAUUAAA